AUUAGUUUUGUAAUUACUUCAAUACUUGAAAAUGUGAUUUGAUGAAAGUAUACGAAUAUUUUGAUGAUAUAUACAAUACUUCUUUUUCAUUUCACUCUGAUGCUUUGUUGUUGUGUAAAAUUAAGAUAUGGAGAUGAGCCUGGAACUGCCUUCUCAUCUCUACCAGACAAUUGCUGCCAAUGUAGAACAUUAUGAAUGCACCAUUCGGGAGCAAGACCGAUUCAUGCCAGCAGCAAACGUGAUCAGAAUCAUGCACAAGAUCCUUCCUCCCCAUGCCAAGAUAUCUGAUGGCUCCAAGUUGAUCACCCAAGAAUGUGUCUCUGAGUUCAUAGGCUUCAUAACAGGUGAAGCCAACGAUUGUUGCCAGCGUGAUCAGCGCAACACCAUCACCGCUGAAGACGUGCUUUGCGCCAUGGACAGGUUUGGUUUUGAUGACUACGUUAGAACCUUGGCUUUGUACUUGCAUCGUUAUCGUGAGUAUGAUGGUGGUCGUGGAUCCACAAGAAGGGAGCCUUUGUUGUUAAGGCGUUCCAUGGUUAAUCCAGCUUCAGUCUACAGCAUCACGCCCUAUCAGGGGGAUGCAUCAAAUGGAAACACUUCUCAAGGAGAUGCUGUAGAUAUUAAAGUUGAGUCUCCUGUGAAAGAAGCUAAGGAGUGAUCAGUUUUUAUGCUGAAGGAAUUAAGCUGUUGUUGAAACUUCAACAGCAGUGAAGAAAUUAGACUAUCUUUUCUCUGUUACCUAAUUUGCGACCUAAUGACAAUCUAGGAUUGUUUUUAAUUUUGCAAAGUUUAGGAAUGUUUCUUUCGAACUAAGUGAGACAAAUCAUGGCCCCUCCAAUUGUCUGUUUGUUUGUCUAUUUUCAGUAUUCGGUUGGUGAUUGCUUGUGACUUCCA